GUGUAAAUACAAAUAGCGAAGGUAGAAUUUGCCACACACCACUGGUUCUUCAAUCAACCAUGUAUAUAGUUUAUCUGAUUCACGAUACAUACACUUCGACGUCUAGCUUAAAAACCAUUACUAGAUUGUCUCAGUUUAGCUGCCACCAGGACCUGGUUUGAUGUUCUCGCUGGAAGAAAUCAAGAACUGUAAUUGUUUGGUUGACUUCUCUCCGUAGGGGUUUAAUUGCUAUUUACACUGGAGAUUAAUCAGACUUCGCCGAUAUGCGGUUGCCAAGAGAAGACUUACUCCUGAUUAUAGUUCACUUGCAAUUGGUUUAUGGUUUAUUGAAGAAUUCGCAUGGGAUUCCAGAUCACAACCAAGGCAAUUUUAUCAACCAACUAMACGACUACGAUAUUGUGAUUCCAACUAAAGUGGAUAAAGAUGGUACAUUUAUUUCCCAUGCUGUACAUCAUGAUGUUGAAGAAGGUGACACAGAGGAAGCGAGUGACAUCCAGUACAAGAUACCUGCAUUYGGUAAAGAACUUCAUUUGGCUUUGACGCGCCAUGUAAAAUUUAUUGCACCUGGAUUUGUCGUCCAAGAAGGAACACGUUUAAGACAACAUAAUCACARGUGUCAUUUCAGUGGGCGCCUCAAGGAUCAGCCUGGCUCGACGGUGUUUGUGAGCAACUGUCGUGGAUUGGAAGGUGUUAUCCAGGAUCCUAAUGGUGAUCAUAUUUUCAUUGAGCCGGUACGUGGGUAUCUUAAUAAAACACACGAUGUCAAGCAUCCACACCUUGUUUACAAACGAUCAGCAGUUAAACCAGCAGUUGAUGGAAGGCCAGGCUGCGAUACUCAAGAAAAAAUAUCGCUAGCUCAACGUAAAAAGGAACCUUAUCUGGAACUGAUACGUGAGUACAGUCAUGAUCGUCAACGACGGUCAAUAUCAAGUGAGCGUAAUGUGGAGGCACUGGUGGUUGCUGACAAGACUAUGUAUGACUUUCAUAAAGAUGACGUGGAGAACUAUGUCCUCACCGUUAUGAACAUGGUGAAUAAUAUAUAUCGUGACCCGAGCAUCGGCAAUGCCAUCAACAUAGUKGUGGUACGACUGAUAAUACUGAAAGAAGACCAGCCGGAUUUGAAUGUAACACAUCAUGCAGAUGACACUUUAGUGAGCUUCUGUCGAUGGUCCACGUCUGUUAAUCCUAAAUCUGAUAACCACCCUAAYCAUCAUGAUCUUGCUAUACUUGUGACAAGACGUGAUAUCUGCAAAGGAAUUAACGAGCCCUGUGGCACUCUUGGUCUGGCUCAAGUAGACGGCCUCUGCACGAGACGAAAAAGUUGUAAUAUUAACGAAGAUAGUGGUCUCUUGGUAGCAUAUACAAUAGCACAUGAAAUAGGACACAACAAGGGCUGGGGUUGGUGUCUAAACGAUGCACCAACACCACAUCCUGAACUCCAGGGCCCCAAGGUAUUACCUGGUGUGCUAUACGAUACUGAUUAUCAGUGUAAGAUACAAUACGGAAUGAAUUCAUCACACUGUGUGGGUGUAACGGAUCUUUGUAGUACCUUAUGGUGUAAAGUUGGUCAUUCUUGUCAGUCCAAACUAGAACCUGCUGCUGAUGGUACCGAAUGCGGURAAGACCAGAUUUGUUACAAUGGUGAAUGCAUCAAGAAAGCAGAUCUGCCUAAAAGUGUUGAUGGUGGUUGGGGCUCGUGGAGCAACUGGAGCGAGUGUUCACGAUCAUGUGGGGGUGGAGUGUCCUUCUCACAGAGACAGUGUGACAGCCCCAGACCUAUAGCAAACGGAAAGUACUGCAUUGGGAAAUGGAAGAAAUACAAGAUGUGUAAUGUCCAGGAAUGCGAGAAGGGAGCAAAAGAUUUCCGAGAUGAGCAGUGCUCCAAAUACAACGACAAAUCAUACCAAGAUAGAAAAUAUCAAUGGAAAGCCUUCGCUGUUCAUGAUCGUCCUUGUGAAUUACACUGUUCUCCUAAAGGAAAUUAUGGAUUGUAUAUCAGGAAAAAAUUUUCUGAUAAAGUCAUUGAUGGUACGAAAUGCUAUCCCGAUAAAAGACAAGUCUGCAUCGAUGGCAGGUGUGAAUACGUAGGAUGUGAUAACGUUCUUCACUCUAAUGCUAUGGAAGAUCGAUGCGGUGUUUGUCGUGGAGAUGGCUCGACAUGUGAGACGAUUAGCUCGGUAUUCAACCAGACAACGGGCACAGGUUACGUGGAGACCAAAAUCAUCCCUGAAGGUGCGCGUAAUAUCAGAGUAGAGGAAGUUGCUGGAGCUCAUAAUUACUUAGCUUUAAGGUCGUCUACAGGGAAAUACUACCUGAAUGGUCACUGGUAUAUACAGUGGAGUGGGGAAUACAAGGCAGCAGGGACUGUUGUACGAUAUACAAGAAAACACAACAAAGAAACAUUUGUAGCUGAUGGUCCUACUAACAGUGAUCUGCAUAUUAUGUUACUAUUCCAGACACGAAAUCCUGGUGUGAAAUUCAAGUACACAAUACCAAAGAAGGACAUCGAAAAAGUAAAAAAUACGCUUCAGUUUAAUUGGCGUUACAGGGACUGGUCACCAUGCUCGACCACUUGUGGCAUAGGUACCCAGCGGUCAGAUGUCAUAUGCUACGAACACAUUGGGAACUCACCUGUUGACGAUAGAUAUUGUAAUGGUACAGAACGACCUGACGAUAAACAACGCGCCUGUAACGAGAACCCUUGUCCUGCCACUUGGUAUAAAGGGCCAUGGCAACCAUGUUCCAAGUCCUGUGGUCAAGGAGUAGCUGUCAGGUCUGUUCUGUGUGUCAGAAGUAUAAAGAAUGACGAGCAGAUUGCUCUAAAGGACAGCGCCUGUGCUAAAGCAAAGCCUAAAACAGUUCGUAGCUGCGCCAAAAGAUCGUGCCCUCCUCCUUGGAAAGUGGGCAACUGGACAAAGUGUUCGGUGACUUGUGGUCGAGGUACUCAGCGACGUACAGUUAUCUGUCAGAGUGCUCACACCACUCGCUCACCAUGUGACAAGAACUCAAAACCAAUCACAUGGCAGUAUUGUAAUGAUGGGUCAUGUAAGAUUGCUAACAAAUAUCUUUUUUCUAAGUUUUCACUGGAGUCGAGGUUCAACGAUGAACUCAAUGUCGUGGAUCGAGAGCACGAAUCACCAUAUUCAUUUACCCAUGAUGCUACGGGGGUAGUUACUUGUAAGGGAGGCAAGUGUCGAGACUGGAUCCUGGGAAGCUGGAGUAAGUGUUCUGUGAAAUGUGGCCAAGGAGUUCAAACGCGUCGUGUUUACUGCCCUGGUUCACACAGAUACUGUAAUCCAUUAGUCAAACCUGCUAAACACCGCAAGUGCCGCAUGAAGCCUUGUCUUGCAUGGAAGGCAGGAGCAUGGACCAAGUGCUCUGUGACUUGUGGCAGCGGCAUGCGUAAGAGAAUAGUCAAGUGUUAUAACAAAGACACAGGUCGUGUAACGGCUGGAUGUUCGAAAAUCCAAAGACCCAAACAUUACGAGAAAUGUUCAGCUGGGAAAUGCCCUGUCAAGAAGAAAGAAACCAAGAAAAAAUGUCCAGAAUAUGGAAAGGAUGCUUCCUUUUGUAAAUUAGUUGGACUUCAUGGAUUUUGCAAAUUCUCUCACUGGAGGAACCGAUGUUGCCUGACUUGUGCAGGACGGCCUAAAUCUAUAUUCUGAUCCUGCCAUCGAUAGGAUCUAGUUGAAUUGGAUCAAGGCGCGAUUUUGAAAAAAAGCAAGAAAAAUGGACAUGAAGUAACAGCUUCACAAACACGUGACUGCGGUAGCACCGAAAUAUGGUCUUACGUUGAACAUCACGCCAUAUCAUGGCACAUAGCUUUGACCACUCCGACACCCAAGCUAUACGUCUUGUAGUCCUUGUAGAAACGCCAUGGACAAUAUAAAGCAUUGUAGAAUUAUUAUCAUAUUAGCUAAAUAUAAACAUAGUUAAUAUUAUCUAUUAACUAUGAUAUAAAGCAGCAUUUGUUGAACAGAGAAAGACAAACUUGUCUUGUCUUGUCGGACUAGAGAAUACGUGAUUCGUCACGCCAUAAAUGAAAUAAACAGCUCAAUGUGAA